AUGUUUAUGCCAAGAUCCCUUAAAGUAAAGAGACCUGCCCAGGUCUCUGGCCAAGUUGUGAAUAAGAAAAGCAAGGUAGGUCAGGAGGAGAGAAAAGAUCACGCAGUUCAGCUGACACCUGUUCAAAACGAGGAAGUAUAUGAAGACACAAAAACACAGGAUGAAAAAAUCCAAGAAAGUGGAGACUCUGCAGGUUUGGCAGAGAGCUCAGUGGGUGAAGAUGAACAUAAGUCUGCCUCAAGUGGUACAGAGGAUGAGGAUGAGGAAGAGGAGGAACCUGUCAAAUCAUUCAAAAAGAGUCAGAGGUGGCCAGAGCCCGGAGAGCCCGUCUGUGUGAUGUGUGGUCGCUAUGGGGAGUACAUUUGUGACAGCACUGACAAUGAUGUUUGCAGUCUUGAGUGCAAAGCCAAACAUCUGGUCCAAAUGGGGAUGGGGACUGGGGCGGAUGUGUUUACCCGUAAGGACAACAAUGGAGGUGAAAGGACUCAACCUCAACAGUCAGCAGUUGACACUGGCGGACUGGGUGAACGUGAAGCUGCUUAUUCCUACAAGGACGAUCUGUUCAUAUCAGGCCUAACACAGGAGCAGGUGCAGCGGAUUAAACAGGAGCUGGGCAUUGAAACCCAGGGGGAUGAAGUCAGGAGACCCAUCAUUGAGUUUGAACACUGUGGCUUCCCGGCCACGCUGAGUGGAAACCUGAAAAAGGCCGGCUAUGAGGCGCCCACGCCGGUCCAGAUGCAGAUGGUGCCUGUGGGUCUCAGUGGCAGGGAUGUGAUCGUCAGCGCUGACACAGGCUCAGGGAAGACCGUAGCCUUCCUGCUGCCAGUGGUAGUGAGGGCACUGGAGAAACCAGCACACGGUGUGAGUAGCCCCAUGGCUCUUAUCCUGACCCCCACCAGGGAGUUGGCCAUUCAGAUAGAGAGACAGGCCAAGGAGCUGGUGAUAGGCAUCCCCAACAUGAGAACCGCUCUGCUGGUGGGCGGCAUGCCGCUUCCUCAACAACUCCACCGCCUCAAAAGCAGCAUCAAAAUUAUCAUAGCCACCCCUGGGCGGCUCCUUGAGAUCUUGAAGCAGAAGGCAGUACAGCUGGACAAAGUGAAGGUUGUGGUGGUUGACGAGGUCGACACCAUGUUGAAGAUGGGUUUCCAGCAGCAGGUGUUGGAGGUUUUGGAGCAAGUUCCAGAAGAACACCAAACUCUGCUGGCGUCGGCCACCAUCCCGACAGGGACGGAGGAGAUGGCUGCCCGAUUGGUUCGCGACCCAGUCCGUAUUGCUAUCGGAGAGAAGAACCAGCCCUGUGCCAACGUGAGGCAGAUCUUGCUAUGGUUAGAGGAACCCUCCAAGAAGAAGAAGCUGUUUGAGAUCCUCAAUGACAGUAAGCUGUACCAGCCUCCGGUGUUGGUGUUUGUAGACUGUAAACUGGGGGCUGAUCUAUUGUGCGAGGCGGUCGCCAAGGUGACAGGCCUCAAUACUGUGGCAAUCCACUCCGACAAGAGCCAGUGGCAACGCAACCGCAUCCUCAGGGGUCUUCUGGAUGGAGACUUUGAAGUGGUGGUCAGUACAGGUGUGCUCGGCAGAGGACUGGACCUAGUCAACGUCAGAUUAGUGGUUAACUUUGACAUGCCAAACACAAUGGAUGAGUAUGUCCAUCAGAUGGGCAGGGCAGGUCGGCUGGGACACAGAGGAACAGCCAUCACCUUUCUCAACAACAAUAACAAACGGCUGUUCCUAGAGGUGGUGAAGCGGGUCAAACCCACAGGGUCCAUCCUGCCCCCUCAGCUCCUUAAUUCGCCCCACCUCCAUGAGCAGCAGAGGAGGGAAAAGCAAAAGGCCAAGCAUGGGUCUGAUGACACGCUGGUCACUAAGAACAACCUCAUAGACAUCAUAAGGAAACAUGACCGUCGCAAGAAAUAGUCUGAUCUUCUAAUCAUUCUGUUGCUGUCUAUUUAUUUGAUAAAUGUUUAUU